UCAUAAUCUCAUCGAUCAAUCAUAUUCGAUGUCGACUACUAGGUAUUGGCAUUAACGGAUGAUGACACAUCUCGCUUUGUUUUCCUUUCUAUUCCUUCUUUUCUUUGGCUAAUACAUCUUCUUCCCCCCCCUUCCUCUUCCUCUGUUUCAAGCGUAUCGCGGUUUGCUGCGUUGCAGUGAUGAAGUACCUAUUAGGCUACUUCGUAUUCUCUACUUCUAUACCACCUAUAUCCGGUUUUCUUGUCAAGCGACCCUACUAAGAUCUCUCUCGCUUUUAUCUAAAGAGUCUCUUCCACGUUUCCAAGGUUUCGAACCUCGAAUUUGGCUAUUUCUCCAGGUUUGCGACUAAAUAGGUCAACGGGUUAGGUCCCUUUGUAUAUAGCCGCCCAAUCAUAAGCUGCCGAUGAGACCACGAUCCGAAGUCGUAAGCGUCGCUUGGCUCUAUUCUCGGCAGGACCCCCGCUGCUAAACAUCACCUGAAUUAUUGCCCGCCUGGCCUUGGCGGGCCUGGAACCGAGACCUCAAGUGCAUGACACUCCCGCUUGGGAUCAUGUCGAAUUACAAUGGCAAUCCCGAGCAGGCUGAAACGUCGCGGCAGCUAUAUUCCCCUCUAGACUCCAAUUUUAGAUCUGCGGAUGAGGAAAUUGAUCAAGAGCGACAAUAUCACGACAGCUGGAGACCUAGGCGAACGAAUACUCAUAAUUCGGCGCAUCGUGUACGAUUCUCUAGCUAUGCUCCAUACGACGAAGAGCCACGCGGAAUAGAUACCGCAAUUCGUAACACCGACGACCCACGAAUGGCUUCUAGUAACCCAUACGAAGCUCCGUACGAAGCUCAAACCUCCUCGUCAAAACCUGCCGAUAAUCGAGAAGAACAUCAUGUAGCAUACGACAUGGAUACAGCUAUGGGAGGCGGGAAGUCGCGGGACCCGUUUGAUAAGAGUAAGAUGGGCCAUGACAUAGACGACACCGAUCGAGAUACUCCUUUCCGACUAGACAACUACCGUGCAUGGGUCAAUCGACAAAGGAAAAGGGCACUGGGACCGGGGGCUAGGUUCGAACAGCGCUUCAACGAAUUAUACCAGAAAUGGAUUAUCGAGGGGCUCUUGCGUCAGAAACCUCUACCGCCGAGUCGUGAUGGUCGACAUAUACCUAUUAGUGCGGGCGCCGUCCGCAGGGUCCCGCUAAUCGACGAAAGGAGCGGCGGACACUAUAUCUCGAACUUCAUCCGCUCUAGUCGUUAUACCAAAUGGUCAUUUCUACCGAAGCAGCUCUACUUCCAGUUUAGCAAGCUGGCCAACUUCUACUUCCUCAUCAUCGCCAUCCUGCAACUAAUCCCAGGUCUGAGCACGACGGGUUCGUUCACUACUCUCAUACCCCUACUCAUCUUCGUCUCUAUUAGCAUGGCGAAGGAGGGGUUCGAUGAUUAUAGGAGGUAUGUGUUGGACAAGACGGAGAACCUGGCCCCCGCUUGGGUUCUCGAUCCGGAGAGGACAGUGGAGAAAAAUAACAAGGGUCCAAAGGGUUUCUUCGGAAUGAAAUUGGGUGGGAAAAAACCUGUGGAGGAAGAGAUGACGGAACUUCAAGAUGUCGGCAGACGCCAAGAUGACCCGGUAUGGUCUUCGAUUCAAUGGCAAGACCUUAGAGUGGGCGAUGUCAUCAAAUUACAACGAGACCAAAGUGUACCGGCGGAUAUCAUUAUCCUUCACGCAACUGGUCACAAUGGGAUUGCAUAUAUCGAGACGAUGGCGCUUGACGGCGAAACAAAUCUCAAGAGCAAGCAAGCCUGUUCGUUACUAGCUAAGCGUUGCGACACUAUCGAGAACUUGAGGCGUUGCCCGGCAGAGGUCGUAUGCGAGGAUCCCAAUGUCGACCUGUAUAAUUUCGAGGGCCGUGUGACUCUCGAUGGCGAAACCCGACCGUUAACAACGAGCGAUGUCGUGUACCGAGGUUCGAUAUUACGAAAUACCGAUGAGUUGGUUGGGUUGGUUAUUAAUACAGGCGAGGAAUGCAAGAUUCGUAUGAACGCUAACAGAAAUGUUCGUGCUAAAGCCCCCAAGAUCCAAGGCUUGCUUAACCGCAUCGUCAUUCUCCUCGUCUUGGUUGUGCUCGCUCUCACUGUCGGGUGUAUGGGUGGGUACUACAUCUGGAGAAACGCAUAUGAGAGACAUGCACCUUACCUUAAAGAUGCCACCGUUCCAUUUGCGCAUAUUUGGUUUGGGUUCAUCAUCGCCUUCAACACACUGAUUCCGUUGUCUUUAUAUGUAAGUCUCGAGAUCAUCAAAGUCGGUCAGUUCUUCAUGCUAGACGACGUGGAGAUGUAUGAUCCGGAAACAGACACACCGAUGGUUGUCAAUACCACGACCAUUCUAGAGAAUCUGGGCCAGGUCAAUUACAUCUUCUCCGACAAAACCGGCACUUUGACAGAGAACAAGAUGCGUUUCCGGAAGCUAAGCGUCGCAGGGGUGGCUUGGCUGCAUGACAUGGAUAUCGAACGUGAUCGGCAGGAAAGCAAGGCUCGGAUAGCUAGAAAUACGAAAGGUUUAGAUGGACAAGUCGACGGACCGACGGACACGAACGUCAUCCCCGAAAGCGACGAGCCCGUCGAGACGCCACUGAUCGGCAACCAACCACAAUUUAGCUCUUCUCGAAUACCAAGAACCCGACCGGGGCAAACUAUACCCAUACCAAAAACGGAAGCCAUGCUAAACUACAUCAACCAGAAUCCCGAUACCGUGUUUUCGAGAAAGGCUCGCCAAUUUCUUCUCUGCGUAGCCUUGUGCCACACGUGUCUACCUGAGGUCAAAGAGAAUGGCGAGAUUGCUUUCCAAGCUGCAUCCCCGGAUGAGUUGGCGCUGGUGCAAGCUGCCCAAGAUUUAGGCUUCCUCCUAAUUGACCGUCCGACGAAUUCUAUCAAACUUCAAUUCCAAAACCGGGAAGGAGAACUUGUUACGGAGACGUACGAAGUGCUAGACAUUAUCGAGUUUAGCAGCAAGAGGAAGCGAAUGUCAAUUCUUAUACGUAUGCCAGAUGGUAGAAUUUGCGUCUUCUGCAAGGGCGCUGAUAAUGUCAUGAUUGCUCGCCUAAGAAAUGCGCUCCUCGCUAAGCGAAAGGCGUCCGACGUGGUACGGAGAGCCAGUAAGAGAAAGAGCGUGGAAGCCGAGAGGGCCAUGAAUCGUUUAAGCGGCACGUAUAGCCCUAGAAAUAGCAUAAGCAAGCGCAACAGCAUCUUCCGAAAGGGUAGCAGUCGACGUAAGUCUACCGAGGCGAAUCGUCGCUCGGUAUCGGAAGACAUCGACACUUGGUUAACAAGGCGCGAGACUUUGGAUAUGGACGAGACAGUAGGGUAUGACGACGAUUACAACACGCCACGACAGUCCAUGGCUCUCUCUCCAGUACUGCUUGCUGGCAGUACAGAGGUUUACGAUGGAAUAGUGGACGAAUAUAUGGCCGCGGACGAUGGCGCUAUCUUCGAACGGUGUUUCCAACACAUCGGUGAAUUUGCCUCGGAAGGCUUAAGAACUCUACUUUUCGCCUAUCGCUAUGUAAGCGACGCAGAGUACGAGCAGUGGAAGGAGGUCUAUCGAGCCGCCACCACGAGUCUUGUUGACAGGCAAACUCGCAUCGAAGAGGCAGCAGAACUAAUCGAAAGAGACUUCGAUCUUGCUGGUGCUUCUGCCAUCGAAGACAAACUCCAACAAGGUGUUCCCGAAACAAUCGAAAAACUUCGAAGGGCGAAUAUCAAGGUAUGGAUGCUUACUGGUGACAAACGAGAGACAGCUAUCAACAUCGCGCACUCUGCGAGGUUGGCCAAGCCGUUUUCUGAUCUCUACAUUCUCGAUGCUACCACGGACGACUUGCAAGAGAAGAUUACAUCCACACUAAUCGACGUUGGUCGUGGCAUGAUAGCUCACUCCGUCCUCGUUGUCGACGGCCAUACUCUAAGUGUGAUCGAAAAGGAUGAUUCUUUGAAGAUAAUGUUUUAUGAUCUAGCCGUCCGCAUGGAUUCGGUCAUCUGUUGCCGAGCGUCGCCGUCCCAAAAGGCUGGCUUGGUACAAGCUAUUCGCGAGACAGUCCCAUCGUCAUUAACUCUAGCUAUCGGUGAUGGAUCAAACGACAUUGCCAUGAUCCAAGCGUCCCACGUCGGCAUAGGCAUCUCUGGUCGCGAAGGCCUUCAAGCUGCCCGAGUUGCCGAUUAUUCGAUCGCCCAGUUCAGAUUCCUCCAACGACUUCUCCUUGUCCACGGCCGCUGGAUGUAUCUGCGAACCGGAAAAUACAUCCUGGCAACAUUCUGGAAAGAGUUGGUCUUCUACAUUAUUCAAGCACAAUACCAACACUUCAACGGGUACACCGGCACGUCGAUUUACGAGUCGUGGAGUUUGACGGUGUUUAACGCGCUCUUCACCUCGCUACCCGUAAUCCUCCUCGGAAUUUUCGAGAAGGACCUUAAGGCGGAAACCUUGCUCGCGGUCCCGGAACUUUACUCGUUCGGCCAACGAAGCGAGGCAUUCAAUUUCAAGAAAUAUCUGCUAUGGAUGUUGUCGGGUGCAGUUGACACCGUCAUCAUAUUCAUGAUGGUCUGGGGUUUCUUCAAGGAUAUCCUUUUCACCGAAAAUAAUUCGCUCUUCCCCUUUGGACAAUUGGCAUUCACAAUUACAGUGAUACUGAUUAAUGUCAAGAUCUUAGUACUGGAAUGCCAUCACAAGACAGCGAUUACACUCGGCGGCCUUGCCAUCUCCAUCACAGGCUGGUUCGUCUGGAACCUUUUCAUAGGGGCUAUCUACCCCCUCAAAUUCGGUAUAUACAUCGUGCGCGGUUCUUUCGUACACGAAUUUGGGAACAAGCUAGGCUGGUGGGCCACGGCAGGGGCAACGAUCGCGGCCGUAAUCGCGCUCGAGCUAGGCAUCACUGCCUUACAACGAAUAUACUUCCCACGAGACCAACAUCUAUGGCAGGAGAUUGAACGCGAGGGAGGCGUCAAGGAAGUUCUCAAGGAACACGCUGCCGAGGAGGGACGUGCGGCCCCUCCUUCGAGGGGAACUGAACAGGGAGAUCACGAUGACGAAUUAGAGCCUCAACGGUCUCUAAGUCCCGUGCUUAGCGAGGGGUCAGGAAGGAAUACUUUCCAGGACGUGUAUAUACCGCUAAGCUCGUCGCAGCGGGGUCAUGGGCCCUCUGGAGCUGGCGCGCGGGGCUCGAUGAUACAUAAGGGGUUACGAAUACAGACGACAUGAUGGGGUGAGGAUAGGAUGGGAUUGGACUGAAAGUGAGGGAUGAGAUGAGCGAUUACGUCUAGAGAAGGCGUUCAUCUCCUGAACUCCGGGUUAUCCAUUCCGAGAUACCAACUUUGUAGGACCGGCAAACGAAAUCUCAUCUCGUUAGCCAGGUGCCUAGC